UUUUCCGAAAAAAUUUCCAAAAAUGAUGAGUUUUUUGUUCGUUUUAUCAAUUUUAUUGACGGGAUUCGGGAUGAAAAUGUAUUUGAAUGACUCGGAGUGCUUCUUGUCGAUGCCGAAUUCAGUCUCUCUCGCAUUUCGUCCCUUGCAAUCGUGCGAUUUUUGUAAAAAUGUCAAAGAAGUUCCUGUUUUGUCGAAUCUUUCACCCGAAAUUUUCGAAAAACGUUUCGCUUAUUCCUCCGCGCCCGUCAUAAUUGCCGAUGCAACGUCAAAUUGGACUGCUACCGAAGUCUUUUCCUUCGAAUAUUUCCGUGAUUUGUACUCGAAAUCCUCUUCAAAGGCAAAUUGUCAAUUUUUUCCAUACAAAACGGAAUUCAAAUCGUUGCAAGAAGCCUUCAGGAUGAGUGAUGCUCGUGCUCGAUACGAACCUGGCGAAGCUCCGUGGUACUUUGGAUGGAGUAAUUGCGAUCGUGAAAUCGCUCAAGAGCUGCGGAAGCAUUAUGGACGUCCCUAUUUUUUGCCUGAAUUGUCGGAAAAUAACGCAGUUGAUUGGAUUUUCAUGGGCGGAAGUGGCUUGGGGGCUCAUAUGCAUGUCGAUAAUGUGCGUCUUCCGUCAUGGCAAGCUCAGAUUCGAGGCACGAAGGAAUGGGUUUUAGCUCCGCCGCCCGAAUGUUAUUACGAGUGUUCGUGGUUUACGGUUACUGUGCAUCCAGGAGAGACAAUCGUUUUAGAUACCAACAAAUGGUUUCACAAGACAAGAGUCCUUCCAGGAGAGCUGAGCAUCGUCAUUGGAGCUGAAUUUGACUAAAAAACAGCAAAAAAUAAUUUUAUGGCAAAUCUAUAUUUUUUAUUUUGUCUCAAAUUCA